AUGGCGAAAGACAGAGAGACAACCGAUGCGUCGGGCACCAGCCAAUCAAAAAGACCGCCCUUGAACCACUUUGACAGCACCGAUCCGCAGCCCUCGCACUACCGGGCAAAGACUCAGAAACACAUCGUUGGCGGCGGUGGCCGCUUCCAUGCCAGAGUUCCCUCGACGAAAGCUCUACACAAACACCAUGCCGCCCCAUCUACCACCAAAUUAAAUCGCAGACAAGGGUCGCUCUCGCCCGAGCGGGCAGCAGCAGGACCACUUGUCUCGUCCCAUCGGCGUGCGACCUCCUCCGACCUGAAGCUCGCGCGAGACGCCUCUUCGAGCAGCCUCAAGAAGAAUUCGUCGCAAACCAGCCUCAAGCGCAAUCGCUCCCAGGCCGACGUGACGAAGAAAUCAAGGUCGUCGGCGAACCUGAUGCGCUCCUCGUCUCAUUCCGCUGUCGCCAAGCUCAAGUCUACUACUGGUUCCAAGGUCCAUUUUAACAUAGGCGACGACGGCCAGGACGACGAACAGGACGACGACGAGUGGCAGGACGCCAGCACCUCGGCAUCCCCCCUUCUCUCGAGACGCGGGUCGACCAUUAACGGGGGCGUUGUGAGCAGUCCUCCGGCGAACAGAGCGAAUAAUACACAGCCGACAGCCCCAUUCCCGCAUCGCGCAGACACCGGAGAGCGCCCGUCUAUGCAGUCUAUGCAAGGUGCAAACGGCUUGACGUUGAAUCUCGCCCGAGAGAUAGUCGACCACAACCAGUACCUCACCUCGCGCAUCCUACAACGCACCUCGUCGCCUAGUGCUCCUCCGAAAAUGUCGACCGACAAUGUCUUGGUUCACCCGUCUUCAUCUCGGCCGCAUUCGCCAGACUCGAUCCUCCACGAAAUACUCACCCCUUCGAGUACUCCCCACAUAGCAACUCACCUUCAAACGGGCAGCAGUGGUAUGGCGGAGCUCACAUCCCGCUUUCUUGAACAUAAUAGCCAUGAUUCCGGGUCGGGCAUACCUGGUGUGAGUUUUUUGACCUCUGCCAUCCAUGGCGGUCUCUCACGGGCGCCGGUGAAUGGAAAGACCCAAGCCGGUGCUCCGCGUCGGCCGCGAUCCUUAGGGAAUUUGGCGCAGGCGCGAGAUCAAGUUUACGAGGAAACACGCGAGCAUGAGGCGGCAGUUGGGGGCGCGCAUCUCUCGGACGGAGAGCGCUUUGACAAUGGUGUACCAACAGCUGGUAACCACCGCCGGCCUAAUGGAGUCUAUGCCAUCCCGAGGGACAUGAACCGCACCCAGCAGAAGUUGAAUCUCCAGCGCGCAAGCUCAACCCUGGAGACGGCCCACCCGCACCCUGGUGUGGGUAUUGGCUUGGCAGGGGUCCCGGUAACUGCUAGAUCCCUUACCGGUAGUUCCAGCUACGAUUCUAGAGACCCCAGACUGGCCAAGCUUCGGGAGAGAAUUGGUAUGGAGUAUCUGGUUGUCCGUCGCUUCCAGAACCCCGUGGCCCGAUCGCUUGCACGGCUGUCUCAACUGCCCGGCCUAGGCAAGACCAUGCCUAAGGAUGGCCAGGCCUCUUCUCGGCCAGGAACUUCUCACUCCAAACGUGGCUCGGAGGUCAGUGGCAGGCCUGCGGAAGGCUCGCAUAAUCCCCAAGACAGCGACAUUAUCGGACCUAGCGCGGCGGCAAUGUUGGACCAUCGCGCAAACAGACGGCCGACUACUCCGCGAGAGACUCUCUCAGACAUGCAGGCCAACAGCUCUAGCCCUAGUGUCGAGACCGACGAUGGAGCCGGCACAAUCCACGAAGGGCAGGGGCUUGGCAGAACUAGUCUGACGGACGGAGAGGACGAAGCUAACACUCUGGCCAUACUCCGCAGUAUGUGGGAGAAACCCGUAGAUCUCAGUGCGAGC